GCGCCUGCCAACUGAGCAGGAAAUCCCUCUCUCUUUCUCUCCCGGAUAAAGGAGAAACACGUCGAGAAGAUAGAGCUGAACUUUAUGAUGAAUUCUAGCAGAGCAGCAGAGCUACAGGGUGAUGACCUUCCUGACCCUGAAGAGGAAAAGAGGCUUGCCAAAGCUGCCCGAGAUGCUAACCGCCUCCCUGAGCUGCGUGUGGUGCUACUAGGCUGGAGGUGGCCCGGCAAAAGCCUGACUGGAAACACUAUUCUAGGCCGAGAGGAGUUCCAUUUAGAGCGUGCGUCCGAGUUCUCUGUGAAACGUGAGACUGAGGUGGAUGGUCGUAAGGUGACCAUAGUGGACACACCUGGUUGGUUCUCUGCUCAGACCACACCGGCAUCGUACCAAGAGGAGAUGGUACGGAGCGUGACCAUGUGUUCUCCAGGGCCACAUGCAUUUCUGCUGGUUAUACCUGUUGGCAUGUUCACAGAAACGGAUAGGGUUCGGAUCGAGGAGAACCUGGCGCUCUUCGGGCCAGACGUGUGGAGGCACACCUUGGUGGUGUUCACGUGGGCUGAGGUGCUGCGGGACAGGCCCAUCGAGAGGCACAUCCGCAGAGAAGGUCGUGAGCUUCAGUGGGUGGUGGAUAAGUGCAAGAAAAGAUACCAUAUCAUCAACAACCACAUCUUUGGGGAGCACCCUCAGCUUCCCCUCCUGAUGGAGAAGAUUGAGAAGAUAGUGGCUGAAGAAGGAGGGCUCUAUAGAACACAGACUGAGGAGAGUAAACCUCAGAGUAAGGAUUCAGUCAAAGCUAGCAACGAGAACCUAAACCCCAAUAUGGGGAAAGAGGAGCGUGAUCUUGGGGCUAGACCCAAAAAGAACUGUUCCUAUACCUCCCUUCGUUCUAUGGACAUGGACCCUCCACCAAGUCCUAUGGUAGAGGGGGUGUCUGACUGAAGGGAAUCUGAGCAGAGAAUAAAAAUAGUGCUGCUUUAUUCCAUACCUCGCUCCAAAGUCAACUCCAAAUUACAACACAAUAUUUAUUUACCACAAGAAAAAAAAUCAUAUUUAUUUAAUAUUCUUUGUUGACAUGCUGGAUGUUUGAUGAGAUACCUCUGAAAGAGGUAAAGAUGAGUUGACCAGGUCAUAAUCCACACUCCCAAAACAACACUUCCACACUAUUUAUUUGCACUAAUGAAUUGAUGACAGCUAACUACUAGUAUGUCAUAAUACCAAGUCUGUAAAAUUAUAACACAAAGUGCUUAUUGGUUAAUGUAUAUAAAAGGUUUUGGCCAUAAGUUUGUCAGUGGAAACGUUCUGGAGUUUUUGUUACCCAGACAUAGUGACCAAAUCCUUAACCACCUAGCUUGAGCCUUGACCAAGGAGUCAACAAACUAAAUAUAAGUCUGGUUCUUGCAGUUGUUUUAAAUUUGUUAUUAAAAUGUUACAAUGUUUAUGAAAAAAAUAUUAUAUUGUAUUACAGUAUACUGUAAUAGUCAUAAUUAGAAUUUGGUUUUGUUUAUACAUGGUAUGUAGAUGUUGGAAUGUGAAGUCACUGACCUCAUUCCUUUCUUUCUUUUUCUUUCUUUUUUUUUUGAAAGAUACAAUGACCUUGAUAGGGCCGUUUUCAGAGGAACAUGUUAAAGGACAGUUAAAAUGUAACUUUUUACUUGUACUAUUAUAUGUAUGUAGGAAUUUACACUUGUUUAUCUGUAUAUUUUUUUUUUUUCUAAUUUUUCCCAUUUUUCUCCCCAAUUUACACGGCCAGUUACCCAACCCACUCAUUAGGACUCCCCCUAUCACUAGUAAUGCCACAACACACCAGGAGGGUGAAGACUAGCACAUGCUUCCUCCGAUACAUGUGAAGCCAGCCACCGCUUCUUUUCGAGCUGCUGCUCAUGCAGCAUUGCCGAGCAGCCAGCGCGCUUGGAGGAAAGCACAGCGGCUCGGCUCUGGUACAUCAGCUCACAGACGCCCUGUGCUGCAGACAUUACCCUAGGAGUGUGAUGUGGGGAGAGAGCGCCAUCUACCGACCCAGAGGGAGCAGGGCCAAUUUUGCUCCCUCUGACGCCGGCAGCUUGAUGGCAAAGAUGCAUGAGCUGGGGUUCGAACCUGCGACCUCCUGCUCAUAGUGGCAGCGCCUUAGACCGCUGGACCACUCGGCGCUUAUCUGUAUAUUUUUAACACAGUUCUUAAAUAAAUCCUGUAAUAGUUACACUGUAAUAAUAGCAGUUAGUAGAAUUUAUGAAAGCUGAAGCCGUGCAAUAGGAUAUACUGUAUUCAAAUAUUCCUCAUUGAGAGUAUAGUGUUGUGUUAUAUCAAACACUGUUUAUCACUUGUUACCAGGCACUUAGGACAAAUAUAUGUAUUUUCUUGCUUCUUUUUUUACUUCCAUCAAAAGUUUGGAAUCGACAUUCAUUUAGACAGGAAUAGACUUUUAACUAUUUGUAAGCUUCACUUUAAACAAAAAUAGUUCUGUUUUACAAAAAAUUAUCUAAAUUGUAAUGUAAGUGUAAUCCUUUUGGGGUUAUAUAGAAUCAUAUUUUUAAUUUGUUCUAUACAGAACUUUAUCUAUACAUUUUUUAUUUCUAUUAAUGUGAAGAAUCUUAUCUGAUUAUUAUAAGGUUAUAAAACUUUGGUCUGUUUUCACAAGAUGGACAUUAAAAUUGUAUUAUAACUUAAUUUCUAGCCUUGCACAAGUAAUUGUUCUAUCUUUCCUUCGUUUAAAGGCACCACCUGACAAUUUUUUUAACAAACAUAUGCUCAUACUGACUAAAAAUGGGAGAGGAAACUGUUAUGAUCUUUAUUCUGGCCACAGAUUCAUUAUGGUUCGGUCAAACAAUGUCCCAGUGAUAAGACCAACACUUAAACGGUAAUUCCAAAAUUUCUAAUGGUAGUAUAGAUUUGAUUUUUAAUCUGAACUGAAUGUUUGUCCAGUGUAUUGUUUAGGAGUUUAAUUUUAGGACAGUUUGAGGAUAAAUGCAAAAACAGAAACUUGUGUGUAUUUCAUCUUUUUCCCCAUUUAGUAAAGUAAAGAAGGAAUUAGGUUUUAUCUGUUUUUUUUUCUCCCACUCAAACUUAACAUUAUGGUAUCUGGUGGUAUAAUCCAACCUAAAUAAAAUUUCCUGAAAUGUAGUUUGUGAGGGGCAAAAUUUAAGAACUAGAAAUUUUUAACAUUUUGGGAGAAAAAAGAAUCUGUUUAUAAAUUUAGAAUUAAAGGGUAAUGUUUAUACUGAUGAGUGUUAUUCUGACCAUGUUUUCUUUACAAACCCUAACAACAUUCCUUGAUCAGCUGCAUCUGGCCACCUGCAUUGUGACUUUUAUUAUGCUAUACUGUAGAAAUAUGAGUGUGUUUCCUGUUACCAGCAGGUUUCAUUAAAUACUUCACAUGUUUACAUUUUGUUUUGGGUGAAACAACAAUUGGCAUUCAAGGGGCAUAAACUUUUUUUUGCAGCUUUAAAAUUACAUGAAAAUUUAAAUAUUUAUAAAUGGUAGUUAACAUUCAUACAAAAGGUCAUAAAAUAAUCAAACAUCCUGCACAAAACACCAUAUCUUAAUUUGUUUUGUGCAGCAUUGUUGAUAAUAAAUAAUAUUCUCUGCAGAGCUAAUUUGAUUUCCAGUUUAAGUUUUUAAUUUUUAAGCAAAUUCUGUUAGUCAUUUACCUAUUUUGUAACGUGUUCACUUAGCUUUUAGCUCAAAUUUUCAUAGUAUUGUAAAAAUAAAAUUGCAUUUACAGAAAUGUGAUUACUGACAAUCUGUGCAGUGUCUGUUUGCAUUUAAAUUCUUCGUUGAACUAUUCCUCUGUUCAUCAAUAUUUAUCGUAAUUAACAUGCUAUUCUUGGAGAUUUUAUUUGUACAGAAAAUUCAUAUUUGAUUUGAUAUCUGAUUAAAAACAGUUACAAGUUUAAUGGCAUUUCCCUUAUACUGCAUAUAUUGAUUUUGGAAGAUAUAUUCCAAAAGCAAUGAGGAUCUACUUCUGAGACUGUAUGAGCCAGUGUAGGAUUAACCAUAUUCAAUAUUCCUUACAGUACUGUUUAGAGUACUGUUUCCAAUAUCUAUUGAAUAACUGUCUGAAUGAUAGUUUUAUUAGAGCCAGUGUUUUUAAACAACACCCACUUCCAGCAACUCACACGCAUUUCUCAGUUAAGACACACCCACUAACUAUUUACAAAAGUACUAAAUAAAUAUAGUUUGGGAAUCAGUUUUUUAAAAAAUGUGCUGCGACAAGAAAAUAUGAUCUCUAUUAUGUUUCAAGUAUCGUUUCAUGUAAAAUUAACCAGCACGUUAACGGUGCAGUCACAAUACAGGGUGAGUCUAGGGGCUGGUGCACUGUUAAUCGGGGUUAAAAUUGUCUAAUUUCUAAUAUCAAUCUCAGGUUUAUAUGGCUUGCCAGUGGAUCUUCUAAAUUAAGAGCAGUUUGACUCUUAUUAUUGAUCUUUUUUUUUCUCAAAAUGCAACCAUGUAAAAUCGUACAGUAAAGUACUUACUGUUUCACCAGGCUUCUUUUUCUGUGACAUUGUGUGCCUGUAAAUGCUGUACUUGUAUUUUUGUGUGUUAUUAGCUGUGAUUUUUUAAUGAGAUGUAUAUUUUAUGAUUAAAAAAACUGAAGCUCA